AUUCUCACAAUCUCUCUCUUAAAGCUGCAAAUCUCCAUCGCGAAGAAGACAAGAUAAUCAAUCUCAGUCGCCGGGAAAGAUGUCUGGCCGUGGAAAGGGCGGGAAGGGGCUGGGAAAGGGCGGAGCAAAGCGGCACCGGAAGGUUCUGAGGGACAACAUCCAGGGCAUCACGAAGCCGGCCAUCCGCCGUCUGGCUCGCCGUGGAGGAGUGAAGCGGAUCUCCGGUCUCAUCUACGAGGAGACUCGCGGCGUUCUGAAGAUCUUCCUUGAGAACGUGAUCCGCGACGCCGUCACCUACACUGAGCACGCUCGCCGGAAGACCGUCACCGCCAUGGACGUCGUCUAUGCUCUCAAGCGACAGGGCCGUACCCUGUACGGCUUCGGCGGCUAGGGUUUGUGGUGUCCAAUCAAUGUAUAUCUUUGCGAAAUUUCUGGACUUUUAGUGGUUUUUGUUAUGGUUAUAUCUCAAUGUUCUUCUCAAUCGCUGUAAUCUCUUUUGAUUCAAUGAAAUCAAUUCGUAAUGGUUGGAACCCUA